AGUACAUGGCUUACAGUCCCUCUCUGUCACGGACCUUCCAAAGAAAUGGGCUACUCCAGUCCAGGGUUUUGAGGACUCCAGUUUGGAUGGGUUUGGGGGCUUUGGGAAAGCCCACACACAGCUAGGGUGAGGAGUUAGUGGGGAGCUGUUUAUGCUCAGCUGGGGGAUCCCAGACUAUAGGAGGCUGUGUUUGUGCUGGAUAUAGGGGCUGCUGCAGCUGUCUGUGCCUAGAGGGGAGGAGAUAGGGGAUAGGACAAUCCCAUAGAUCAACAUGCACGCUCGUCGCCUAAGCAAACGGUCCGUCCUGGGCAGUAAGGUGAACACUUCUGAGGAUGCCCAGGAUUGGGGUAUGAAAGGGGCAAGAAAAAGACUGGGAAUGGGGGCAGUUAUCCAGGAGGGGGCUGAGAAGCAGAGAGCGAAUGAUAAAGAAGAAGUGGCUGUGGAGCAGCAGCGAGCCACGUGCGAUGGAGAAGAAUCUGUGCACUGCUCCUUAAAGGGAACAAGGAAAAACAAUAAGUCUGGACCAUCCACAAAUCAGUACAUGGAAAUAGUACAUAUUGGACACAUCGCAUCAGAAAAACCAACUUACCAAGCAAAAGAAUGGAAGGAAGCAGAAUUUGUGAAACAUAAUUCAGGCAAAGUGUUUAAAUGCGAUCAGGACAUGAAUAGUGAAUACACAAGCAUUCUUGAGCAGAAACGCAAAGUGGUUUCAUCCAGUAUUGAUGUCCCUCAUGCAAGAAUAUUUGAAGGUGAAGCAGAUAUGGACAAAGUGACAGCUGCAAUUGUACUGACCAGUUUGUCUACAAGUCCAUUGGUUCGAAGCCCUCCUAUGCGACUUACUGAUAUGAAUGUGUCUUGGAAAGAGCUGGGGGUUGUUUCAUCCAGCACUAGCAGUAGUGGUUGCUGGAGUUGGAAUACACCCAGUGACUGCUCUAAUCCUUCAACACCAUCCCCACCAUUAUCUGCUGACAGCUUUAAGUAUUUCCAGCCCUUGAAUCAUGCUGAUGAGAAUACUGAGGAUGCAGAGCCAAGUGGCCUUCUUUUUGAUGAUCCUGUCCCAAGGAAAAGAAAGAAUUCCAUGAAGGUGAUGUUCAAAUGUCUGUGGAAGACAUGUGAGAAAGUUCUGAGCACAUCAGCUGGAAUAAAAAAGCAUAUCAGAACCAUUCAUCUGGGACAUACUGGAGAAUCGGAUGAGAAUGAGGGAGAAGAGGACUUCUAUUAUACAGAAAUUAGACUGAACACAGAUUCCGUCAGUGAAGGAAUAAAACACCUCUCACCUUUUUCUCAGUCAUUACAAUCUGAAAAAGGAAAACGCGAACCUACAUUUGCCAAAACGGAGACCAGAUCUAAUUCAUCACUUAGUCGCUCAGCUCCCAGUACAUCCUGCUUUAUAAACCCUGAUCAUGCAUACCAGACCACUGCUCCUGUAAAAAUACCUGGCUCAAAAAAGGUUCUUACCAAUGGCAAUAGCAUUGGUGUGUCUUGGAUUCUAUCUCCUCUUACAUUUACUGGAACUUCGGUUUCUCUGCCAAGCUACACAGAGAUUAGGGAUUCUAAACUGCCAGUUCAGACAGUGUUGUCUUCUCCACCAAAAACAGGAAUUGGAGUGAGAAAGCCUCGUGGGGAAGGCAAGAAAUGCCGCAAGGUUUAUGGCAUGGAAAACAGAGAUAAAUGGUGUACAGCCUGCCGCUGGAAGAAAGCCUGCCAGAGGUUUCCUGACUAGGAAAACUAAAGCACAGUUGAGUUAGUCACUGACUAAGAGAUUGCGAGAGGUUUCAGGCCCACUGGUCUUUCUUACAAGGUAGAAGUAUGAGCUGUUUUAGGCCCAAAAUAACAUGCCUUUACGUCUGGGAGAGUAAGCGAUAUUGGGCAAAAACAUACGUAUGUCUUCUGGGAGACUGAGUCAUAGUGGUUAGUAUCUUCUUUCACUCUUUGGCUAGGACAAGGCUUUCCAUACUGGUCAGCUUUUUGUCUUACUUGUCGUACUUUGGCUUACUCUGGCUCUGAGUAAGGCAUACUCAUAUACUAUCUGGGAGAAUAACUGUCUUUCCUAAUGCCUUUUAGAAUGAGUCAUACUACACAAUAUUUUACAGUUUACUUGAUGGAUGGGAGGGUGAGCCAUAUUGACUAUAUACAUUUUCAUUGUCUCCUGGCUCCUAUUUCACUGAAUGGAUGGGAGAAUGUUCCAUACUGAGCAGCUGUCUUACUUACAAGGUAUGAUAUUAAGCCAUAAUGGCCAGUUCUUUGUCUUAUUCAUAGGCUGUGACAGUAAUUUAAGCAUGGAUUGUUAGAGUCAGUCCCUGGUCUUACUCAUAAACAGUAUCAAUAUGGUAUUUUAAGCAGCCAUCUUACUCACAGGCUGUAAGAGUAAGCAAUACUGGACAGUUAGUUGCCCAGCUGUCUGGUUGGACGCAACAGCCAAAUGAGUGAAUAUUUUACUUAAACUUGCUGUCUGGAAGAAAGUGAAACGUAAUGAUUUACUGCCACUUAUAUUACAUCUGAAAGAGUGAGCUAUAGUGGCCAGAUAUUUGUCAUCGCAAUAGAUGAGAGAAAGUGUGUCAACCUGUCCAAAAUGCAACUUUGGUAACUUAGAGUCUAAUAGUGAAGCUCACUAGUUUGGAUGUACUGGGAAAAUAUACAUUUCUUAAAGGACCAGAAACACAAAAAAAUCUAAUUGCCCUACAUGUAUAAACACAUAAGGGCUCAUUCAACAAUCGCCCAGUCACAAGCUCCAAGGCAAAACACAAGGAGCAAGGUGUAAAGUGAAGCUAACAGGGCACUUUGUGCAUGUUUUUGCCCCAUAUGUUAUGACCAUUUUUUGUAACACUCCCUAAUACAUAAUAAAUGAAACUGGUUAUGUUUGCAUUUUUAGAAAUAUGCAUAUUUUAGUAUAUUUAUUUUUCCCCUAUGAUCUUUUUUU